CAAAAUAGUAAAUAAAGGAAAAUAAAUACAAAUUUCCUAUUAAUUUUCCAUCACAUACAAAGAAAUUGUGCAAUUUUUUUUAUUAUGUAAAGGUUCUGUUUUGUUCGCUGAAUUAUAAGAAAAAUGUCUGAACAUCAGAAUGAGUCCCUGGGCCAAGAAACAGAUUUAACGUCAAAUGAUUCUGAUGCGGAUUGUUCUCAGAGCGUGUGCUCUGAUACCCACUCAGAUAACACGUCGGUGCACACUGAAAAGAGUACUUUGUCUGAGUCGACUAUUCAUGCACUGAGCGGAGGGAGUGAAGCUGAAAAUGUAGCUGUUUUACCAAACUUACCUUUGGAAAAAAAACUUCCCAACAUUUCCGCAAUCAAUCGGAGCAUGUUGCUACCAUGGGGAGCCCAAAAAGAUAGAGUAUCUCAUUUGCUGAUGAUUAGCCAUAACACUGAAGGAGAAACGCGUCCUGGAGAGUUUGUAAUGAGGAGCCUUUUCCAGGAAUUCACCCUUAUGGCAGAGAAAAAAAUCGAAAACGUUAUGACUGAAUCACAAGAAAAACCCCUAUCAAAAACAUUACAAAGGGGUGAAGAUCCUCAAUUUGAUCAACUAUUAGGUGCUUUCGGUUCGGUAGCAGAACAUUGCCUACCCUCCUUGUUAAAAGCAUUAUUUUCCUGGUACGAAAGACAAAUGUCGGAAGUAUCAAACCCAGAACAGAAGAAAAGCGACAUCAAACAAAAAAGCAUCAUAAAUAUCGUUGCAGGAAACACCACAGAAACCCCCGAACGGUCCGAAGCUGAGAUACAAAAAGAAAAACGCGAUCUUGCAGUUGAAUUUAUAUUUUGUUUAGUACUAAUUGAAGUCCUCAAGCAACUAUCUUUUCACCCAGGCCAUGAAGAUUUAGUCCAGUACAUUGAAAAUUUAGCCUUAAAACACUUCAAACAUCAAGAAGGCAUCCAAAACAAUCCAAAUGGUGCCAACAUUCACAUGAUUUGCGAUCUAUACGCUGAAGUUAUUGGAGCUUUGGCUCAAAGUCGUUUUAUGUCGGUGCGCACCAGAUUCAUGGCUGAACUCAAAGAAUUAAGAGCAAGAGAACCCAGCCCUGCUACCACUCAAAGUAUAAUCAGUUUACUUAUGGGCAUGAAAUUUUUUAGAGUAAAAAUGGUCCCAAUUGAAGAAUUCGAGGCCUCUUUUCAAUUUAUGCAAGAAUGCGCUCAGUAUUUUCUGGAAGUAAAAGACAAAGACAUCAAACACGCCUUGGCAGGGUUGUUUGUUGAAAUUUUAGUUCCAGUAGCUGCAGCAGUUAAAAACGAAGUCAACGUUCCUUGUCUCAAAAAUUUCGUCGAAAUGCUUUAUUCACAAACAGUGGAUGCUAGCACUAAAGCCAAACAUCGCUUGGCGCUUUUUCCUCUUGUAACUUGUCUGUUGUGCGUCAGCCAAAAAACAUUUUUCCUCCAAUAUUGGCACUGUUUCCUUGCAAUGUGUUUGUCGCAUUUGAAAAAUCGAGACCCGAAAAUGUGCCGAGUGGCACUAGAAUCUCUUUACCGUCUUUUGUGGGUCUACAUGAUUAGAAUUAAAUGCGAAAGUAAUUCAGCUACGCAGUCAAGACUUCAGAGUAUUGUUAAUUCGCUUUUUCCUAAAGGAUCUAAAGGAGUAGUGCCUAGAGAUACUCCUUUGAAUAUUUUUGUUAAAAUUAUACAAUUUAUUGCUCAAGAAAGGUUGGAUUUUGCUAUGAGGGAAAUAGUUUUUGAUUUGUUAUCAGUUGGAAGGCCUAUUAAGAUGAUUUUGACUCCAGAGAGAAUGAGUAUUGGAUUGAGGGCGUUUUUGGUUGUUGCUGAUAGUCUACAACAAAAGGAAGGAGAUCCUCCAAUGCCAAGAUCUGUUGGAGUUUUACCAAGUGGUAACACUUUAAGAGUUCGCAAAACUUUCCUCAAUAAAAUGCUAACAGAAGAUACUGCAAAAAGUAUUGGGAUGAAUGCCUAUUUUCCUCAUGUGCGUAGAGUGUUUGUGGAUAUUUUGAGGGCUUUAGAUACUCAAUAUGGCAGACCUUUAAUGAUGACAAACACACAAAAUGUUAAUAAAGAACCUGACGAAAUGAUUACAGGUGAAAGGAAGCCCAGAAUUGAAUUGUUUAGGACUUGCGUGGCUGCAGUUCCCAGAUUAAUUCCUGACGGAAUGACAAGUAGCGAACUCGUAGAUCUACUCAGUAGAUUAACAGUGCACAUGGACGAAGAAUUGCGUGGUCUUUCCUAUUGCAGUCUCCAAAGUCUUGUAGUCGACUUUCCAGAAUGGCGUCAAGAUGUUUUAUGGGGACUCACUCAAUUUGUAGCCAAAGAUAUUUUAGAUACAUUUCCUCAGCUACUGGAUCAUGGCUUAAAAAUGGUAUUGACGUUGUUGUGUGCUUGGAAAUCGGCCUUAACUAAUACACCCAUAAAUAAUGGGACACUAAGAAUAGCUAAAGAUUAUAGUGAUAUGAAAUCUACAACUCCUGAUCCAAAUCUCACCAGAAAAACAGACGUAGGCAAAUCAGAACCAUUGUCUUCAGUUUUUCAUUUUGUUGAGGCUUUGGCUGUUGUUGUUUUGUGCAACUAUAGAUUGACAUCCAGACGUUUAUCAGUUCUGAUUCUGAAAGAAGUCAAAUGUUUACUCAAACUUCUUGUUUGUUCUGAAAAUAUGCCUGUAAUUGACGUACUAGACCAAAAUUCUAGCGUUGUUCUGGAUCGUUGUCUGCCUUUCGUGCCCCCAGCUGAAAAAGCAGCUAUCCAAGCUGUAACUAAUAUAGAUUUUCAGUGGUUGGCAGAUCGAAAUUCUUCCACAUGGACGAUGGGUUUAGUUGAAGAGGGCUCAAACAAAAAUCCGCACGCCUACAAUUUUAAUGUUAUCGAUCCCUGGAGCAUUUGCCUUUUUGGUUUUUUGGAAAAAGAUAAAAUUUUAAGCCUGUGUCCUUCAAUGACUAUGCAUUCUUGGCCUAUAGUUUUCACUAGAUUGAAUGCUUUGUAUUCAGUUGUAGAUCCAACACCACUAAAUGAUAAUAGGGCUUCAUUAUUGCGAAGCGCUACAGCUGUCAAAAAACCACCAACCGAAAGAGAUGCUUAUAUGCACUUAUGGAAAAAUUACAUUACGUUUGCUUUUAGAGUGGUACCUUUAAUUGCAGCCCCUAUUGUACGCUGUGCAAGUCCAGAUUUAAGCCUAAGUUCUUCUCCAGAUAGUUUAAGUCAAGAGAAAAGUGACAAUAAAUUGUCAGCAAAUAUAUCUCCUACUGCCUUAUACAAAUUGGUAAUACCUCAUUUAAGGUGUGAAGUGGCUGAUAUAAGAGACGCUACAGUAUUUGCUGCAGGAAAUAUUAAUUCACUUGCUUUGAGGGAUCUCUUAGAGGAAUUGACUGUGUAUAUUAGAGAGGCAAUCGAUAAAAAGCAGGAAAACGUCAGGAGACGUCGCAGAAGGGACGCUUUGAGACUGCAAAUUAUGAGACUUCUAGAGUAUAUUGCUGAAAAUGAGACUUUCAAUUCCAGCUCUUGUGCAAUUGACAAAGACUCGCAAAGUUUACAUUUUUCCUUGGUUGAAUUUAUUGAAGGAGUCAGAUAUUAUUUGGAAAAUGAGCCAGAUAAAAAUUCGAGCAGCGUUAGAGAUCUGACUUAUCAUUUUUGCCACUUUUUAAGAAAAAUGAUCAAAAAUUUUAGCUUGGAUGUGAGACGCAGUCUUCUGAAACGAGACCUCAGAAAAAGCCUAUUUGUACUAUUUGCUCAUUGGGUAGGAAAACAUACACUGCCCAACACAAAAAUUCAACAGCCUGAAGGCGAUAUGACCAACAAAAAACAUGCUGAGCUACAAUAUGCUUCACUUUUAGCUAUGAGUUCGAUUUUAUGUUGUGGACCUUGUUUUGAUAGCCUAACCGAAGAAAGUCCUUAUUAUUUGUGGUUGGAUGGAUUGUUGAAUAGUUCAGAUGAAAAAGUCUAUAAUCUAGCUCAAGAAACUGUAAUUCUUUUGCUGGAAUCAAACCCAGAUAUUUCACAGCUCUUAGACUGGAUUGUAGAUAAAUGUUAUACAGGAUCUUCUAAAGUGGCUGACGGAUGUUUUCUGGCUUUGGCCACCAUUUUUAGUGCCAGAGAGUAUCCUUGCGACCAUUACACAGCCAUUAUAAAUGUAACGCUAAUGAAUACAGGAUGUCCUAGGCAAAAUGUUAGAGAUACUGCUUUGCAAUUGUUGCAGCUGUUGGAUAAGAGGUUUUUCAGUAGUGUCGGACCAUUACCUGAGAGUGAUUUGGCUGAAGGCGAUAAAGGCAGAGAUACUUUAGAUGCCAUUUUGGCCAUGUCAUAUUGUCGCUCGCAAAUUCAUUUAUCACGACAAUUAGCACUAUUGCAUCCUGAACUUACCAUGCCAAUGUUUUCAGAAAUUACCUACAGAUUCCAAACGGCACGUCCUGAAGUGCGUCAGCUUUUGCUUCAAUAUUUGCUGCCUUGGUUGCAUAAUAUGGAGCUGGUAGAUCCCAAUAUUCCUCCUACACAUCCGCAUAUGUAUCAGUUUUAUGCUGGCGAAAUAGGCAGUGAGCGAAAAGAAGGUUGGGGUUCAGCCGAGGCCACUGAAAUGGUUCUCAAUAAUAUAUUUUACAUUACAGCAAAGUUUGGUGACAGUCACCCAAAAGAAAUUGAAGAAGUUUGGGGCACCCUAUGCACAUCCUGGCCUAAUAACAUGAAAGUUAUCAUACGUUAUUUGAUAAUUAUUUCUGGAAUGGCACCUUUUGAACUUCUGCCGCAUGCCAAAAGAGUGGUACUCUAUUUGGCAAGAGUCCAACCAGUGAGACUGCUUGACGAAAUGAUGUUGGAACUUCAAACAGUUGAGACUCUCAAUUGUCUCAUAGAAAGAACCGAGACUCCUCCUUUUUAUAGAUUGACAGUAAUGCGUAAGACUUCAAGUCAUUCGGAUGGUACUAAUGGAGUUGCUGGGCAAAGCGAUAGUAGCAGCAGAAAUGAUUUAAGCAUUGAAAAGGGUACAAUUCAUACUAAAAGACACAGUGGGGAAGAUCCAUCAAAAAUAAUGGGUAAAUCUGAGUCAGGAGCAAAUAUGUUUACUGAUUUUAGUAUGAAUCGGACUGAGAAACUCAGAAAUCCUGAUGAAUUGAGUAAUUCAUUAGAGGAAGCUUCAAAUGGAGAUGAAAUUAUUUUGAGAGAAAAAUUAGAUAUUCCACAACCUCAUCCGUUACCAAUGCCAGAAUUUGGUGGCUAUUUUGCCCCAUUAACUGAAUAUUUACCAGACACAUCACAACCUAUUUCAGGAUUCCAUAGAUGUAAUGUUGGUGUAAUGCUCCUCUGCGACAUUGUAGUGGAUGGAAUAGAACUAGAUUGGGCUAUUCAUGUACCACUUAUGCUCCACAUUUUAUUCUUAGGGCUAGAUCACACUAGAACAAUAGUUUACCAACAUUGCAAGCAACUUUUGAUGAACCUAUUGAUAGUGUUGGCGCAGCAUAAUGAUCAUUUAACAGUGGCUCAUAUAUUAUUAAACAGUCAAUCUACUCAGCUGGAAUUAGGACUAACUACACCAUCUUUACCUAUAGUUAAUCACGUUUUUACUGAGGUAGAUUCUACUUUUGACGAAUUCCUCUACAACCAAGUGGUAUUGAGUAUGGCCGUUGAAGCAACCAACAAGAAUCUGCAAAGUAUUUCGUCAAAAGAUGAAGAUUCCAACGAAGAAAAAGACAAUAAUUCUCUCCCUCCUCUAAUAGUAUUACCAGAAAACACUGAACAACCACCACUACCAAUCAAAUUACACCUAACCACACCCACAGUCAUAAAAUCCCUAAUAGAUUUUCUAGCUACCAAGCAAACGCCUUUAUGGAACUACGAAGAUAUAACCGCUAAAGUUUUUACAAUAAAAAGUGCAGAGCAAAUUGAUAUUUUCUUGCAAUAUAUUCUAAGAGUCUUUAGAGAUUCAUUGCCAAAUGCCCAUAUAAACGAAAGAUGGGCACAAACUGCCUUACAAUUAGGCUUAAGCUGUUCUUCAAGACACUACGCUGGGCGAUCUUUGCAAAUAUUUAGAGCCUUACGAGUACCAAUAACAUCAAGAAUGCUAUCUGAUAUAUUGAGCAGGUUAGUGGAAACUGUGGCUGAACAAGGCGAGGACAUGCAAGGCUAUGUAACUGAGCUGUUGCUUACUCUUGAAGCAGCAGUCGAUUCGUUGGAAUCCGAUUUUCGCCCACUAGAUCUUACCAAAGAAAUCUUCAAAUCCACUCCGAAUUUGAACAACAAAGACGCGAGCGUUUUCAAAAAGAACCCGGACCAUGCCACUCCAAUUUUGAAUCAUUCAAUUUCGGUCGGUCAUGCCAGAAGUACUAGUUACUCGGUGUCUUAUGGUUUUAGAAAAAGUGCCCCAGGCGGUGAUGAAAAGCGAAACAGAAACAUUACAAACGAUAUGGAGCAAAACAAUAAGGCUAAAUUUUCAUCUAAUUUGUCUAGAUCUAGAUCGGCGCAAAGUUUGAAAAUGUUAGGAGAUUCAGCUACACAAGAUGACAAGCUUACAAUAUUGGCUCAACUGUUUUGGUUAGCUGUCUCGUUGCUAGAGUCAGAUUAUGAGCACGAAUUUUCUUUGGCAGUUCAACUUUUGACUAGGGUCAUGCAUAGAUUGCCUCUCGAUAGACCAGAUGCUAGAGAUAAAGUUGAAAAAUUGCAGCAACAAUUGCGUUGGAACAGUUUUCCUGGAGUGCACGCUCUUCUCUUAAAAGGUUGCACCCAUCCAAAUAUUUAUGAACCGACUGUAGAGCUUUUGUCACAAUUCACUCCUUUAUUGAAUUUUGUUGUGGUUGAUGCUUCACAAAGCAUUGCUUUUCCUAUGAACGUUAUUGCUUUGUUGCCGUAUAUGUUGCUUAACUAUGAAGAUGCUAAUGAGUUGUGUAUAAGAGCUGCUGAAAAUAUUGCACAAGUUAGUAUUGAAAAAAGCAAAAAACUAGAGAAUUUAGGUACUGUAAUGAACCUUUAUAGCCGUCGUAAUUUUAGUAAGGAAAGCUUCCAAUGGACUAAAUGUGUGAUUAAAUAUCUCCACGAUACUUACUCUCAUUUGGGGCUUCAUUUAUUAUCGUUUCUAGUAGAAAUUCUAGAAAAGGGACAAAGUAGUUUGCAGCUGCCUAUUUUAAAUAUAAUCCAUUGCGAGUUGCAUUAUGUAGAUUUAGCAACGCCCGCAGCACAGCCAAUCAAUGCAGACUUAUUGAGAAUUAUUAUCAAGUAUAUUGAAGGCCCUCAUUGGAAGGAGGCCUUGAAAAUCUUAAAACUAGUAGUCAGUAGAUCGAGUUCUCUAGUAGCACCUCCUACAUCAUUAACCAGCCAUUGGGAAACUCAUUUUCAAUCAGUACCACACCCGGUUACAUUUUCCGAAGACAGCGUGUUUGCCAAAAAAGAAUUGCCAGGUCGUACGAUGGAGUUUACUUUUGACUUAUCACAAACGCCUGUUAUUGGCAGGCGAUUUAUACAUAAAAAUGAGGAUGUUGAUAAGGCGAAAGCCUCUGUUACUCCUAGGAGGUCUUGCUCUAUUAGUCCUGCAGAUGUUAGUAGCCAAAGUGGCUGGAAAAGGCCUUGGAUGUGCCAAGGGCGAGUGAGAGAGUGCCUAGUUAAUUUGCUAACUACUUGCGGUCAAAGAGUGGGCUUGCCAAAGAGCCCUUCAGUAAUUUUCAGCCAAACGUCUGAUUUGAUUGAAAGACAAUCGAGCAUGGCUUCUAGUACUGAAGAAGUUUCUGCAGGAAAUAACGAUAUGAGCGGUGGAUCUAGACGUGAUGAUGCAGCUGCGGAGUUUGGUGUUUUUAAGGACUUUGAUUUCUUGGAAUAUGAGAGUGAAAGCAUUGAAGGUGAAAGCACAGAUAAUUUCAAUUGGGGCGUCCGCAGACACCAAUUCAGUCAAGGUGAGGAAGAACAAGGCGGUGUCAAAUUGGAGGAUAGUCUUAGUGAGAAAACGCCUGUGCUGACUGUUAGAAAGCGCCUUGUUGCUGAAGAAUCUUCUGAUGACGAAAUUGAAUCUGAAUCUCCUUUAGACGAAAUAGCAAUCGCUCCUGAUUUUGAUAAUAGCAACGCUGAAAGUAGCGCUAUUUUUCCUCCGUCUUCUUUAGGUUUAAGAGAACCACAAGCCAAUUCUAGUGCUAGAUCUGAUACAAGUGGUUCUAGUGCAGGUGAUUUGGGCGAAGUAACACCGUGCAAUGCCUCACCCAAUUUACCAGGUAUAAGAAUACCAAAAAGCGACGUUUUGGAAUGUUGGAACGCUUUUGUUGAAGCUAAUAAUGUAUCGACUCCCGCUAAUUGUUUGCAAUUUUUCCAUCAGCUUCAAAGGCUGGUUACUGACAUUUGCCAUUCGACAAUAGAAAUUACUAAAGAAUCUUGUGUAAAUAUGUGUCAGUCUACUAUAAGUAGUCAAGGGACUAUUAAGCUUUUAACUGCUAGACUGAAUUCGAUGAUAGAUAUAGUCAAUUAUAGAAUUCUGCCCGUAAAUGUGAUAUGGUUCAAUACAAUGGCUCUAAGUAAUUCUAGAUUCUAUGAAAAUCUCAAAUAUGGUAUUUUAGAAGUGCAGGAACAUUUGGAAACUUUCUGUGAUAAAAGAGAUCAAGCAAUGAUGUACUGUGAUGCCGUCAAAACGACUUUAAAAUUAGAAUUACUCAGCGGACAACAGGCAGAUUUCCAACACGAACAGUAUUUGGUGGAUUUAGGCAAGGCCCUCUACAAGUUGUAUUUUCAAUUAAUUUUGUUAGUUGAAGCUGGCAAUAAAAUGAUAUUUUCUUUACAUGGAAGCUUAAAAAAUGGAGAAUUCCGCGAUGUGAGUCCUGAAAUGCACACAAUCCGUUCCGCAAUAACAAGAGCUUUGGAAGAUAUGGAAGCCGAUGGUGGAGUAUCUCCCUCUGUCAGUGGAAUUGUAACAUCUGACAAUCUAGUAGACAAUUUAUGUAUGCUGAUUGAUAACGAAAAAUGGACUUCGGUUAUUUUGUUCUACAAAUGCAACAUAGACGUUUUCAUAAGGGAAAAUGAAGAAUUGUGUGAAAGAGGCAACGAUGUUUUGUCAAUUAUGAAUAUUUAUUGUCGGAAGUUGGUGCACAACAAACCAGAAUGUUAUAUAAUUUCGAAUCAAGACUUGGAACUUCAAGGUGUUUACACUAGAGUUUAUCAGGUAUCAGCUGCAGUUUCGGAUCUUUAUGAGAGUUUUAAGAAGGACUCUGGGCAAGAGAAUGUCAACAAAUCUUUGAGUGAGCCUGGUACUAGUAAAUAAAAUUCAAAAAAAUUACUUUUAAUCGAAAAUACCAAAGAUUUAAUCGAAUAACAUAGAUUUGCUGGCCCAUUUGAAUUAUGUACUAAUUUCCAUGUCAUGACAAUUUUCUUUGUACUGAUUUUUACAUAUAGUUUAAUUUAUGUAUUUUUUUUAUAUUAUUUCAUUAUUAGGUAAUAAAUCAUAGUCAAGGAUUUUAUUGGAAAUAGCACAGUUGUUUUAUUGGUAAAAAAUAAAUAAAAUUAUUAUAAAAAAAUAAACUAUUAAUAAUAAAUAAGUUUAAAUACUUGCAAGAAAAAUUACAACAAAUAAAUCACAAAAAAUUUAAGUAUUUUUGAACAAUUAUCCAAAGUUUUCAAAGUGAUGAAUAAAAUAGGGCAAUUUUCUGCCCAUAUUCACUUCAUCGCAAGCCGACAUUACGCUUUUCGUGAGCGGUCUAGGACCACAACUAAACACCCCAAUUUUACUAACAUAACUGUGUCUUUUUUGCACGAACUUCAAAAACGACGUCAUAUCCGGCCUACCAAAAUGAUUAACCGCCUUCAAACCAGUAAAUAUAGACGUUUUAGAUAAUCUCUGGAAAUGAUUUUCGCAAAUAUACAACAUAGUUGUCCUCAAAUCAAAUUUAUGGAAAAACUGGGUAAUAAAAAUAUGAAUCUCGAGCACAUUGGUGACAUCUUUUCGUUCCACAUCUCUUAGUACAUCAAUAAACCACUCGAAAUGUUUAUGCGAAGGACAAAUCCAUAGAAAAUAGACUUUUUUGCAAGCAACUCCAGAAUACCUAUUUGUAGAAGUACCAAAAACCAAAUCGUUUAAAAUAGAGGCAUAAGGUGUCACACCUAUACCACCUCCCACCAUAACAGCAACUUCGAAUUUAUACCAAUCCUGAUUACCACCUCCAAAAGGACCUUCAAUAAGGAUUUUUGGAUUAUCUUCUAAGUUGUAAUUGCACGGAUC